UAAUUAGCUACAGGUGCUGCGCAGCUGUGCCAACAAAUAAAUCUUUUUAUAUAAAAAAAAGUGGUUCUGCCACUGCAAAGCAUGCAACACUCAAUGGAGUAGCUGCAGCUAGUUAGACAGCAAAGUAAACUAAAUAGCUAAGGGCUAUGGGAGUUUUCAGCAAGUGGACAGUGUUUCACGAUGCAGAGAAAACUCUAGAGAAGGAGCUCAGAGCCAACCCCUACCACCCCUUCCAGGAGGUGUACACUGGAGAAGAGAAUCGAGACCCAGACCAGAGUACAGUGUUUGUGUACUCAAAGAGGCGCAUCUGGUUCUACAUUUUUCUUUUGCUAACUCUAGCAAGUGUCCUGUUCAUAAUCCUCUGGUCCUCUUUAGGAGGAGAAAAUGAAUACUUGAUAUUUGCUGUAGCCUCCCUAGGUAUCGGUGGAUACAUGUCUGUGGAGUACUACAGUAUACACACACUAGUGUUGGACCCAGUCAUGAAGCAGUACAGUGUGUACAGGGGGGAGGUGCUGAUUGUCACACAACAUUGCCACAAUAUCUACGUUAGACUCAUGAGCAAGAAACCAGGUGGGACCAAAAAUACACAGUACUACCUGAUUGUAAAUGGAUGGGGACUACCAGAAACAAUAGAGCUAUGCAGAGAAACUUCUAACAGAAAGAAAUUGCGGCAGCUGGGACAUGACUUGGCCACCUGCUUGGGGAUCAACUAUUUUGACAUCCAUGACCUGUCAAAACAUCAUAUAAUUCGCCAUAAACACCCAAGAACGGAAAAAACAGACACGAUGGUUAGACAUGAAGAGUAACUAGAACACUGACAGUUUCUUAUGUUCUGACUUUGAGGAUAUUCUCUUGAGUAAAGUCUGUUCCUCUCUGAUCAGUUG